AUGUCUAAAAGGUCAAUUCAGUCGGGAGGAACCGAAAGUAAAAUAGCAAAGACCAAUAUUAUAGAUGAAAGCAUAGACAUCGGGUCUGAUUCCUCGGAAGAGAAGUCUCUGUUCCAUGUGUUUCAAGACCCUGUUGCGAGAGAGUAUUAUACUAAGCUAUACGAUCAGAGCAAUUACGAAUGUCGCCAUCUCUUGGAUCCUGAUUUGGAAUGGACAGAGGCCGAAGAGAAGAAGAUACUUAGAAAAAAUGAUUGGUAUGUUACUUUUUGGGCGUUCAUCAUGUUUACGGCUUUAGAUUUUGAUAGGUACAACAUUUUGCAAGCUGUGUCUGAUAAUUUAUUAGAUGAUCUCAAUUUAACGACAAAUGACUACAACGUGGCUAAUACUAUUAAUUUAGUAUGCUUUUUAGCUGCAGAAUUACCAUCGCAAUUGAUAUCUAAAAAAUUGGGGGCAGAUGUAUGGAUUCCGAUUCAAAUAUCCUUGUGGUCAAUUGUAGCCAUAUCUCAAGCUGCUAUGACAUCAAAGGCUGGAUUUUUUAUUACAAGGGCAUUAGUCGGAGCCCUUGAAGGAGGUUUUAUUUGCGAUGUUUGCUUAUGGAUGUCAUAUUUUUUUACUUCAAAAGAGUUGCCUUUUCGGUUAUCGCUCUUUUAUAUUGCAAACCCUUUAACAAAUGUCUGGUCAAGUUUACUUGCAUUUGCGCUUCUUAAAAUUACCACAAGACAUAUCACUGAAGGCUGGAGAUGGUUGUUUCUCGUUGAAGGUGUCUUCACAUUAUUGGUAGGUAUUAUCUCCUUCUUUAAAAUGCCACCAUCUGCAGUUCAGACAAAGGCGUGGUAUCGUAAGAAAGGUUGGUUUACUGACAGGGAAGAAAAAAUUCUUGUCAACAAAGUUUUGAGGGACGACCCUUCCAAGGGCGAUAUGAAUAAUAGGCAACCUGUGGGUCCAAAGGAACUUUUCAAAGCUUUAUUCAAUUUCGACCUUUAUCCUAUUUAUUUUAUUCGUAUCUUGGGAGACAUUGGGACAAGUCCAGUACAAACUUAUAUGACAUUGACUCUCAGGAAAUUAGGAUUUACUACGUUUAAAACUAAUGCGUUAACUAUUCCUUAUAACAUCAUUUCUAUAAUAACAAUGCUUAUUACUGGGUAUUUUUCUGAAAUUUUCAAGAGCAGAGCACUAAUAAUUGCCACAACUCCUAUUUGGAUACUUGCUUGCUUAUUUCCCCUAAGGUAUUGGCCAGGAUCGCAGGUUAAUAUCUGGGGCACAUGGGCUCUUUUAACAGUGUUAUUGGGACAUGCUCCCAUAUGGCCUAUAAGUAUAUCAUGGUGUUCGGCGAAUUCAAACUCGGUGAGAGAUCGGGCAGUUUCUGCAGCAGUAGUCAAUAUAUACUCCCAGACGGGUUCAAUUAUUGCUGCUAAUAUAUAUAGGGAUGAUGAUGCACCAGAUUACAAGCGUGGUAACGUGGUAUUAAUAGGAAUAGCUUUCGGUGCACUUGCAGCAUGUAUUCUUGCUAGAUAUUACUACAUUUUCAGGAAUCGCCAGAAGGAAGAGCAAUGGAAUAGCAUGACAGAGAAAGAGCAGGAGUAUUAUUUAAUUAAUACUACCGAUGUUGGAAACAAGCGCCUUGAUUUUAGAUUUGUAUACUAA